AUGCGGAUCAAAACGUAUACAGAAUUUCGCCCGAAUGGGCCACCGCCACGGCUAGGGCUGAAGGCGGCCAGCCCCGGCGUCGACGAGGACUGUAAUAGCAACACCAGCCUCGCCGGCAGCCAACACUCUACACACGAUGAUCUCGACGCGCAUUGCGAUAACUCAGGAUAUUUGUGGCUCCUCGACUAUAAUCCGAUGUUUCGGGACAGCUCGUGCCACCACAUCUCAGUUUUGUCGUCCGUAUCCGCCUCGUAUAAGGGAAUAAGCGACCUUACAUCUCGUUUCGAAUUCACCUCCCGUUACAAAGAUAUGGCUCGGGAUCUCGACGCAAACCUCGCUGAAGCCGAUAUGGAGAGCUUCAAGACGGAAGACAUUCACGCUCUCUUGCUGACCGCCGACUUGCCCCACGACGCCAUUAUUGAUGAUAUAACACAUGACAGUAACCCUCAAGGCGAGAUGUUCGCGAGCAUUUCAAGUUCUCUAUUGGAAAAGUUUCGGUUCGACAGUUCAAUGAGCGCUGGCAGUAGUUUACAGGGAGAAGAAUCCGUCGGUUCCAUCAAUACUAUGUCAAUAUGCAAAUCGGAGUUAUUAUUCUCUCCGGUAAAAGAAGGUGCACAUGGUGUACACUUCAGCGUCGACAGUCUCGACUGUGAACUACCAACAGAACAAGAGCUUAUUCUAACGUGUCAAGCAAAUAAAGAUAACUAUACCAUCGCCUUUGAGGGAAGUCUCACCAUUUACUCCGAGGAUAGUGAGUGUGCUGAACCCGCCGUCAAUCAAAAACAUGACAAACAGGUUAAGGAAGACAUAAAUUUAACAUUAGAUAGUGAUGAACGAACGCGCAGGAAUUUAGAAUUAUUAGAACGAUGUAAGAAAUUAACAAAUAAGCUAACAACGUCAAUGGCUAGAAGCGAUUUAGGAUUAACUACGUGGAGUAAACUUAAGAAACAAAAUAGUCAAUCGCCGUUAAAGAGGCAUCCUUCUGGUAACAAUAAUGAAGAUUCUACUGAACCUUCUGAUACAACAAGUGAAAUGAAUAAUUCUGUAAUUAAAAGUCAAAGUUUACCAAAUUUAUAUAGACGAAAAUUGUUAAGCAGUUCCAUUAACUCUGCCGCCUUAAGUAAUUCAACUGUCGAUUCUUUCUCAGCUAACCAGAGGUUAAUUGGAACAUCUACUUGUAUGAAGGUAUACGAUGUUUCACAAAAUCGUUCGUCACAUGGAAGUCAACAUUCUGAACCAAUGAGUACAUCUUCAACCGAAAAUCAAACAUCGUCAGAUAAGAGUCAAACAAAACAGCAAUCUUUUAACUUAGUUAAAUUGUUUAUGAAACAAAAAAGUAUUAGUAAUGAUGGUAUCGUUGGCAUGGACCAGCUAGAUAGAUCAGAAUGUUGGCCGUCCAGUUCAGGUGGGGAAAGUGGGGAGUCAAUGGCUGAACAAAAACUUGGAAGCUUAAAAAAUGCCGAAAGGCCACAAGUCGAAUUACCACUUGAGGCUUUUGAGGACACUUCAUCCGUUGUCUAUGAGGAAAUUCGAUCAUCUAAUCCCUACAACAGAGUAUAUGAUGAAGUGUUAAUUGAAGAAGAAGAAGCAGAUGGAUCUAAAAGUGAUAAUGAAACUCAACUCUAUGCUGUAGUCAAUAAGCCGCAUAUAAAACGAACAAACUUAAACAUUUCAAAUAGUCCCUCAAAACUCAGGAGUAACCGAAAAUCGUGUUCAUCACAGUCGUCUGCUACAAGCGUCAGUAUUUCUAGUUGUUCAGAAUCAGAUGGAACUCAAAUAACAAGAAUGAACAGAGCAUUACAAAAGGAUUCAUGUGACACUAAGGCCACAUCUACACAUCUCGAAGCAACCACUUUGGAUAAAAGUAUACAAACAUCCAACAUGCAAGUGUCAGGCGUAUCACGUGAUCGUGAAAUAUUCAAAGUUAUCGAACCUUCUUUUCUUGAAAAGUUAAAAGAAGUCGAUUGUGAAAAACCUGUCUUUGUUUUAUAUCCAAAUUAUACACUACCAGAUAUAGGUUUUUUGAAUGGUAGACCUAAUAUAUAUCUAAAUCCUGUUAAAGUAAAUAUACCCAAGUCAAAUGAAAGUAAAAGAAAUAGAAUGCAACCGAAAGGUAAACGGCCAUUUUCAUGUAACGAUCUGGAGUUGCUCAAAAAGAAAGGUCUCGGUCAUAUAAAGGAUUGGGAUUCAUUAAAUUUCCUAUUACCUGUCGAAUGUAGGCAAUUAUUGUCUGAAGUGCCUGAACUAAUGCAACACAUGAAAGAGAAAGACGUGGCAUGUAAGUGUGAUAAAUACUGUAAUACAGCAAAAACAAAGAAUCGGCCAACAAGUUGUGAUUGUAAUAAUAUGACUGGCCACCCUACAGCGGUUUCAUCAAGCUCUAGUACAGCAACACAACCGUCUUCUGGCUAUCGAGGAUCUUCAACGAUGCUUACCGAUUCUUCUGCACAAAACAGUCCAGCACCAACAGGAGCAUUCAAUCCAUUGUUCGUAUACCGCUAUGACAGCGCUACUAGUUCAGAAGCAAGUUGCGUAAACAAUGAAGGUCAUAGAAUAAAUCCUACGAUCCCUAAAAGAACGUUGUCAAUAGCAGAGCAAAACAGGAUGAUUAAAGGAGAAUUAGCACCUCCAAGACCACCAUUGCCAAAGAGCAUUUUGCGCAAAUCCGUCGAAAAAACACGAAAAUCUAGCGUACAUACAAAACGAUACAGCAUGUUUGAGUUGGAUGAAUUCAUACAAGAUCCUAUAGUCUGCGCCACGGCUGCAGUGGAAAACAAAAGUAAAAGAAGGUCGCUACAAGAACCAUAUUAUCUUCAGAAUCAAACUAAUAUGGAUUACAGAAAAAAUAAUGAUUUAGCAGCCAAAAGAUUAUCGCAACAGUUUCUUGAUGCUGCUGAAAAGGAUGCGGAUUAUAAUGAGUACUACCAAGAUGAAGGAGUUGGUACGGAAAGUAGUUUAGAAUCUGGAAAGUCUAACGAAAUUAAGUACCGACCACAUACACCGCCGCUUCCUAAGCCGAGAACGAAGAAAAUAGAAUAUAUAGAGUUUCCACCUCCCGGAGCGCUUAUAAGCAGUGCAGAUUUACAACAAUUAGAAGAGUUUCUCAAGCAAAGUGGUAUCAACUGCCAAAACAUGGAUGAAUGGGAUCAGACUCAAGUACAAAAGGUAAGAAGUCAAGUUACGAAGUUCCUCCAAAUGAAACGUUCACAGGAAGAAAAUCAAAGAUCAACAGAUUCUAGUACUAGCAGUUGUAAUAGUAAAAAAUCUGUAAGCUUUGCCCAAAAAGGUGACACGAAAACUGAGAAUCAAACUCAGACGAAAGUGGAUGAACUAAAAGUAACUACUCUUUCUACACCGCCUAAUUCUCCUAAUAUAUCUGCCAUGGUAGCGCAAAGGCAUUAUCAGGGUAAAAAUUUGGCUGAAAUCCCUAUUUGUGAAGAAGGUGAAGUGACCCCCGAUGAAUUUUCAAGUCCUACUAAUGAAGCGAGACAAAAAUACGAUCUUAUCGAUGUAUCCCAAAAGAGAGCUUUAGUAUCAAACGUAACGGAUGCUGUGGAGAUGUUGAUUCAGCAUUUCUCUCCCGCAACGGAUCAAACGGAAUUAGCGUUUCUAGGAGAUUCAAAGAAAUCGCCUGCUUGCGCUAAAAUCGCUCUAAAUGCGUUAUGUCCUGCUUUGUAUGCGAUAUUCAGAGACGGUUUGAAGGAAAACAUCGAGACUUCAUUUGGGGCCGUCAAUAAUUCUGUCUGGCAAAUGGUCGAAGCUACAGCCAGACAAGGUCCCAUAACAAAAUCUUUAAAUGAGCUGGUUUUAAGAAUAAACAGUGAAGAUGCCGUUACAGAAGGACUAGUCAAGUUCAAUGCAUUCAUUUUGGGACUACUUAACGCGCAAUCAGUAGACGCAUGGGUGUCAUACGUUCGGACAAGGGAAUCAAUUUUGGCGAAACAUUAUGAUCCAGAUUCUCUCAUUCUGGCCGGUUGUGUUGGUGAAUCACGUUGUAGGGCCCUCCUAGAUACACUACUGGCCAGUCUCGAACCACUCAAAUUAUUACCAUUUUCCUUGGACCUCAUGUUCGAAAUGCGCGAAUUGCAUCGAAGCUUUAAGAAAAUAGAAAGUGACAUGCGAGCAGCUAGCCGGUUAGACACAAGUGGCGAAGAACAAUGGCGUCCCAGUUCUGCCAACAGCAGCGCGAGUGGGCAAACUGGGAAUAGCAACAAUUCCGGUGGAAAAUUCCGUCGGUUGCAACUGAAAUGGGAGAUGUUGAGCAACGCUGAAAGCCCUGUCACGCCCUCUGGCGAAACAUCGCCAGCAACCGCACGAGGAUCUAAGAUCCCAAGGCCGGUGUCAUCCCCUGUGCGACCUCAAGCGCCCGCAAUACAGUCGCCUGCGAAGAACACGCACAGAGGUAUCCCAGUACCAGUUCGAAAAAGUACAUCGCCUACAGCGUCAGCCCCUCGUACUAACACCACAGGCAGAACAAAUGCUAACAAAAAGCCCCCGCAACCGGCUAAUAGAGCUAUACCCGAGAAGGCAACAAGGAAAGCCGCGGAGAAAACAAGUCAAAGGGUCAAAAAUGUUGCUGUUAAAAACACUAUCGUUGCUAAGAAAUCUACAGCGUCGCGCGUGGACGGCGUAGGCGCGGGCGGCGCGGGCGGGCGGCCGGCGUCGCUGCCGUACGGGCGCACGCCGCCGCCCGCGCCGCGCCGCGCGGCCUCCUCCUCGGCCGCGCGCGCGCAGCACCACCGCACGCCGCAGAAGCACAGAUACGUCAGAACGCUUUGGCACAGAUUACCCACUGAUUCAGGGCACUUGGCGUUCAACGAGGGGGAGAGAUUGCGACUUAUUCUAGAAGUCGACGAUCAAUACUUGCUAUGCUGUCGGGGGGAUCAAAAAGGCUUGGUCCCACGGGAUGCAGUUCUCUUGGAGGAUUUC